AAAAUGAUGUCCUUUGUCUCUCUCCUCGUGGUGGGGAUUCUCUUUCCUGCCAUCCAGGCCAAGCAAUUUACAAAAUGUGAGCUGUCCCAGGUGCUGAAAGACAUGGAUGGCUAUGGAGACAUCACUUUGCCUGAAUGGAUCUGUACCAUAUUUCAUAUCAGUGGCUAUGACACAAAAACCAUUGUGCAUGACAAUGGCAGCACAGAAUAUGGACUCUUCCAGAUCAAUAAUAAACUCUGGUGCAGAGACAACCAGAUCCAGUCAAAGAACAUCUGUGGCAUCUCCUGUGACAAAUUCCUGGAUGAUGACCUUACUGAUGACAUGAUGUGUGCCAAGAAGAUCCUGGAUAAUGAAGGGAUUGACUACUGGUUGGCCCAUAAAGCACUCUGUUCAGAAAAACUGGAUCAGUGGCUCUGUGAGAAGAUGUGAACACCCGCUGUCUUGCUGCUUCUGCCUUCUUUAUGUUCCUGGAACUCCUCUUCCCUAAGGCUACCUCAUUUUACUUCUUUGUAUCCUCUUGAAGCUAAUUUGUCUCUGAGCCCUGGGCCCUGUAGUGAUGCCAUCGGACACUAUUCUCUAGAGAUGCGUGACUGGUGCACUGGAUUUUUAACCUUUGCUCAGUGCCCCUGAUGGCUGUCACUACAACAGUGGAUUCCACCUGUCCUGAAUAAAGGGCCUGAUCUUG